ACAUAGUUCUGCUUUUAAGCAUCACACCAGAACAAGCAGUAUUGGCAUAAAUUAUGCAGAUGAUACAAUUAUAUAGAGGCCAAACCUCACAUCAUAUGAUGAAAAUGCAAUACCAUGAUAGGAGGACUGUGAGAUUAGGUCAUUUUAAGUCAGUGGUAAAUUUCAAUGCGAAAAACAUACUGCCACUAAAAUUAUUAUUAGAAUUUUAUUAUUGUUGUCUUUGAGUUCCCUUUAAACCUUAGCAACAGAAUUUGUAUUGUACUAAAGAGGAAAUAGUAUAAAAGGAGUUUGUAGGAGAAAGAAGUUCCCAUUGAUUCUCUGCUACCAUGGUGACAUAACUGUUACUUCCAAUGGGAGUAACCAGACUGGUCAGAUGUGUGUACAUAUCUGUCAAAAGAGGACUGCUACCCUGGAGAGAACACAGUUUCAGUUCUGGAGAUAUCAUAAAGUGAAUAAAAUAAAAAUGCAGGAUUUUUAAUAAGUUCACUGAGCUUGUAUCAUGGAUGUACUCACAGUGCAAACAUUCAUUGCAGCAGUGUGCCACCUAUUUUUAGCAGAGGGUACACUAGCUCCACUGACAGAUCCUGUCAGAAACAGUUAUGGCAGUUUGAUGGAGAAUCUCUUAGCUCAUCCAGCUGUACAGUUCAAGAUCCCACCAAGUCCACCAGUGACAACUUCAUUCAACUCAAGCUACCCCAAACAUAAGACAGUGGUUGAAAUUGAACUACUCCCUACCAAUAUUCUGGAAGUAAAUGGUAAUCAGGAAAUUAUGGUAAUGUCUGCAUUUCUCAUAUUAAGAUGGGGCGACCCACAUCUCACCUGGAAUGCAAGUGAUUAUGAAGGAGUUGUGGCAGCUGAACUUAAAGCUUCGCAGAUAUGGACUCCAUUUUUAACUGUGAUAGAAGAAGUUGAAGAAAAAAAAAUUGCCCUGGAUGACAGCAUCACCUUGACAAUAAAUCAAACUGGACGUAUCACAGUGUCAUUAGAAAAACUGUUCAAGACAUACUGCAAGCUGAAUUUUUCACAGUUUCCUUUUGAUGAACAAAAAUGUUCGAUUACAUUCUUAAGUGCAUCUUUGACUUCUGUUAAACUUAAGUACAUAAGUGAGCUGUCUGGAAGUUUCAUGAGAGAAUAUUCUCAAGGAGGAGAGUGGAACAUUACAGAUAUGUACUGGGAAAUAAAACCUAGUUCUUCAGUAAGCUACCAACCAAGCAUACUGAAAGCUGUGUUUGUGCUAAGCCGCCAGAAAUACUUUUAUACAAUUACAUUAAUUGCUCCAAUGUUUAUUUCUGCCUUCAUGAAUUGUCUGGUGUUUGCUAUUCCACUUCAAGCAGGUGAAAAAGUUUCCUUCCUUAUUUCUAUCUUUCUGUCCAACACUGUUUUUUCUGGUUAUCUUAGUGAUAUCAUGCCGCACACCUUUCAGAGUAGCGUUCCACUGCUGAUGGUUUUAUUAUUAGGACUAUGGAUUUGGAGUGUCUUGACAUUUCUUGCUACAAUCUUUGUCCUUUAUCGGUACCACCAAGAACAAGAGCAGAUCAUAGAAGAUAAUGGAGAAUGUAAAGAGAAAGAUAAAGAAGAAAUAACACCAGUAAACUGCUUGAUCGAUUUCUUUACAAACAUUUUCAACAAAAGAAACAAAGUCAGUGACCACAUUAGGCCCAUAUUGGUAAACAAUUCACCACAAUCUGAGAUUCCCAAUGACAUAAGAAGUUUUUUACAAACAAGAUCAACUGUAAAAGAUUUAAAACAAACUAGUCCAGAAACAGACCAUAAAAGCACAUUUGAAAACUCAAAUUAUGAAGCUAUCACUUCAGUAAUGUCACAACAUGACACAUCUGAUAAGGGUUUAUCAAUGAAGCAUUCAAAAUAUUGUACUAAAUUACAGACCAACUUGUCCAUGCACAGGAAAAAAUCUAACAAACUGAAUGCCAAAACGCUUGAUCAAAUAUUCCUUUGUGUAAGUUUAGCUGUGUUAUCUUGUAUCACCACGAUCUUUUUUCUUCAAAUAACUGGGACCCAAUCUCUUUUCUAGACCCAGUUUUUAAAACCUUUAAAUGUCUGCUAGUGUUUCUGUAGCAUGUCAAUAUUCUUUGGUCCAAAAUUAAGAAACACAGGCUAAUUUUCACAGAGGUUACUACAAGUGGCACUACAUCAUUUAGGUAAGAUUUUUAGGUCUUAAACACGGAAGCCCUUUCUGUAGCAAGCAAGACAGCAAUAGUCACUUGUUAGGCCAUUAACUUUACUAGACUCUUUCAAAAUGUUUUGUAUGAUGCUUUUUAUAUUCUUUUGUUAAAAUUUCUUAAAGACCAAACUUGUUUCUCAUGUAGGAAAGAAUGGUUUAACUUGAGGGAAGGAGGUGAGAAUGUGUUAAUCUAAGUUGUCAUUCUUUGUUAAUUGCUCAUCUAACUUGGCAAGUACUUUCAUCUCCCUCUGCCAAACGAAAUCCAUUCUUUCCUGUCAGGGAAAGUUCAGCCAUUGACUUUACUUCCUAAUGAAGCUGUGUAGUCUUCACGUCACCUUUCAUUUUAUUUAAUAUCCUUCUGAUUGCUAGACUUCACUUUUGAAGGUAUCUGGUUCUCUAACCUCAAAUGCAUAUCUGUUUUACUCAGCAAACUAAUGUUACAAAACAGUUUUACAGUUCUUUUUGUGUGUUUUCUAUAAUAGAUAACAAACCUUUGCAGGAGGGACCCAGCCUGGAGUGCUCAAUAGCAAUCUAUUGUUAGUAGUAAAUGAUUAUACUAGGUUAGAUUCCUUUUGACACUUGCUAAUAAAUUAGUACUUAAAGUUUAAAAACAAAUGUAGAAAUUGGUAAUAACCCAUUAAAUAUGCUUACUCAAUCCGAAUCAAACAUGGCUAUGCACUUUAAAGCAAGGGUUAAGCCAAACGAGCACAAAAUCUGAACGCUCAUACCAUAUUCACAGAAAUUGAAAACACUUAAAAUGCCAAGAGAGACCGUUCUUUUUAUAUAAACCAUGCAGGCUUGAUAUUUCAGGAGGCUCAUUGCUUUAAACUGAAAUUAAUUUAUACUUUUAAAACAUGAAUGGGAUUCAAGUACAUAUAUAAUACUUGAUUACUAUUUGAUACUGUGUAUAAAGCAUUAUUAAUUUAACAUUUAAAAUGAUAUAAUCAUGAAUAAUUGCAUGUUAUGAUCAAGGUAUCUGUGUUUGGCUUCAUCAGUACUGCAUGUUUCAACAUGAUGUUAUAACAAACAUUGUGCAACAAUUUUUGAUAAAUAACCAUCUCUUUAUAUAUAUGCUGUGAACAUUUUCUAAAUAAGGUUAAGUAAAUGGCAUGAAAUAUUUUAUUUUGUUUUUUAUGUAAAAGGAAAAUAACUUUUACAAGUAAUGGAUAAAUCAAUAAAUUUAUUUCUACACAUUUUGAAUAAGCCUCUGGUAUUUUUUUGUUUGUUUGGAGAGGACACUAUUAAAACCUAAAUUUAUUUCUUGCAAAACAUUAUGGAGAUUAUGCUGUGAUUAUCUUGAUAUCACCAUUAAAAACAGCUACACAUAAAAAAGAAACUCAUUCAGGCAAGUCGUUGUGGAGAUAUGUCUGUGAUUGUUGUGAUAACAAUAUUAAAAAAAUACACUUUUUAAAAAUUAAUGCAAGCCAAUGCUGGAUAUCCCUGUUAGAGUGUGUAUGUGUCUGUCAUGACACCUUUGCAGAAGACUGUUUUACAAGAGUAUGUCGAAAGCAGCUGACCCCAGGGCCAGCAAGAGAAAUGCUGGGGAACUAAUGUGAAGGAGUGGCUGUUUAUUUGGGCACCUUCUCACAUGGACCCACUUCUGCAUCCCAGUUUAUCUCCCCUACGACUAGUACUUCCAGUUAUUAAGGAAUGAAAAAAAAAGAAGAAGAAAGGGAUU